AUGAGCUUUGAAUUUUAGAGUUCAUAAUUAGCCAUUUUUACACUGUUCUUGAUGUCUUAGAAGAUCAUUAGAGGACUGUAAGGGUUUUAAGCUUAUAAGUAGUCUCUCAAGGAUGUUUAAAAUUACUUGAUUGAAAACCAAGUAAGAUGGUCAUAAGAAUUGGGUAAUGUUGGUCUUCUAAUCGAAAUAUAAUAGCUUCUGAAAGUAUAGAUGAGUCUAAUUGUCAAUGAGUAUGUGAAUACAUAAUAAUAGAAAGCAAAUUUAAAUGGCCACAAGAAUUUUGUAAUGUUGUUUUGAUUCUUUUUUUUAUAGAAAUAAAUGAUCUUCUAGUAGUUAAGAAGAGUUUAUCAUAUAUUAGGGAUUUCAAAACAGAGCAAUAAAAAGUCAAUUUUAAGGGUCAUCAGAAUUAGGUAAUGUAAGUCUGUUAGAGAAAUAUAGAGGCUUCUGAAAGUUGGGAUCACUCUAGCUGCCUAUAAAGAUGCUAAAUAAGUUGAUAGAAGCCAAGUAAGAUGGUCAUAAUAAUUGGGUGAUGUUUUCAUCUGA